UACUACAGAGCUCUGGUGAACUUCACAGACUCCAUCGUGUACAGGCCUAACAUGGAGGACAUCUACUCACUGUCUUUCCAGGAGAUCUCUGACGCGGUGGUGGACACGGUAGGUCUAUUCCAGAACCAUAUAUACUAUAUACCACAGGUAUUCAAAUCUAACCCUUUGAGGUCCGGACUACUGCUGGUUUUCUGUUCUACCUGAUCAUGAAUUGCACCCACCUGGUGUCCCAGGUCGAAAUCUGUCCAUGAUUAGAGGGGAAGAAUUAACCAAAAAAGCAAUGGAACUGGCUUUGAGGCCCAGAUUUGAAUUUGAGGACUGUAUACGGUAGGCCUAUUCCAGAACAUACUGUAUACUGUGUACUGUAAGCAGUAGACCUAUCCCUCCCUCCCCACAAGGGCUGUAAACUUUACACAGGCCAGGGCAGGAUUCUCACACCUUGCAUUCCACUGCCACGUCAUGUCUGCUACACAAUGUUAUUGAUUGCAGUUGAGGCCAUAUACUGUAGAUCAUUUUAGUCAAUAUACUCUACGGUACUAUAUUUAAGCAAUAAGGCACGAGGGGGUGUGGUAUAUGGCCAAUAUACCACGGCUAAGGGAUGUUCUUAAGCAUAACGCAACGCGGAGUGCCUGGAUACAGCCCUUAGCCGUGGUAUAUUGGCCAUAUACCACAAACCCCCGAGGUGCCUUAUUGCUAUUAUAAACUGGUUACCAAAGUAAUUAGAGCAGUAAAAAUAAAUGUUUUGUCAUACAUGUGGUAUACGGUCUGAUAUACCAUGGCUGUCAGCCAAUCAGCAUUCAGGGCUCGAACCACCCAGUUUAUAAACUACUGUACAUCAUAUGUUAGAACACUUGUUAGGAAAGUUGUUAAACUUGUUAAAACAUGUUGCCAAAAAUGCAUCUCUGCUGGUUUGUACCCAUCUAAGUAUUGUUUUUCUCCUUUCACAGUUGGAGUCAGAGUACAACAGGAUCUCAGGCAGCCAGACUGUCAAUGUGGUCCUCAUCAAGUAAGAUCACUGUUCAUCUCCAGCUACUGUUGAUAAAACCCCACCAGUCUUACUUUUACUUACUUGACUUACUUUAGCUUGGGUGUAACAAAGGUGGUUCAAUGAACCAUGCUCACGUGAUGAGUAACCUUGUCUGAGAUCUGAAGACUGUUGGCUCCCAGAGCUAAUGCUUAGGCUACAGCUUAGACUCAUCUGGUUGGUCCACCAAACACUGUUGUAAGCUGAGUGUAACUAAUCAAUGUUCUUACCAUGAGAAAAUCUUGAUAUGCCCCGACCAACAUUCAUCUGAACCUGGAGCACUGUACCGUUAUCGUCACCACGUCCCUCUCUAACAACCCCCUCUGUUCUGUCCUGGCCUGUGUAUAGGAAGAUGCUGAGGCAGGAUGGGGUGGAUGUGUUUGUAGAGCUUGACGUGGGCUCUGACUACAACAACAACGACAAUCAGAUCCGCAACGUGCUCUAUGGAGUGGUGAAGGAGGGAGCCAUCGCCUCCUACAUCACCUCUGUCCAGGGCUUCCAGUUCAGACGCCUGGGAGAAGGUAAGGACCACAGGGGAUAAUAUUUACUCCGCAUUGUAAGGACUUUCCAGGAUGCUGACAUGGCCAAAUAUACAUUCACAUUUACAUUUUAGUCAUUUAGCAGACGCUCUUAUCCAGAGCGACUUACAGUUAACGGCAUCCAUAUUAGGAAGAUUUCUAUAGUACAGUAUCCAUUUUAGGAAGUCUUAACUGACCUACCAUAAAUGCUGUACAAGUUAACAAAAUAGGUCUGAUCUCAUAGCUAUGGUGUUCUUUAUUUAGUUGAGACAUUGAUUUAUCAUAUGUUAUUACAAUCUUUCAAUGAAGCUAGGCUAGCCAGCUUAAGGCAUCAUGCUAGAAAAGGCUAUUUCUUGUGUUCACUAUUUCCCCUCUAUAUAUCUCCCCUUCAAUCAUACCAAUUUCUGUCAAUAAACCAAUACAAUAUUAAAAGAAACAAAAAGGAGGGCUAGGUGAGUCCGAGGUAGUGUCCUUAACAUGUCUCUCUGGUUUCUAGCUCUGCCCCCUGUGAACCCCAUGGCUGUGCCAGGUUUGUACUGUACCAUGCCAACCUGACUUCACAGCUAUUGGAACAUCAUUUAAAAUACUUUAGCUGGGCUUGAUUGAGCUUGCCUGGCGCAAUGGAGCCUAUAGAAUAGUAGCAAAAUAGUAUUUGAACCCAGGUCUGGAACGAUGCCUGCUGCACGAAGACUGCCAGAGCUGCUGGAGAAGUGACAUGACUGUUCUGUAGUGCGUGUAGAAUGCAGAAUGCCGCUAUUUCUGGAUGAUGAUGACGAACAAGAUGACGAUUAGCUCUUUGGAAAUCUGUUAAGAGUUCAUGCAGGAAUGUUAUGCAUGUGUGCACCUGAAGCAGAAGUCUGACAACAUUUUGGUUUUGCACUACCCAAGAGGACUGCAAAGAUUUUUGCAUGGCAUGAGUUAGGUUACAGAUAUUGCUAUUUGUAACAACAACAAAACAGUUUAUUCAGAAGGAUCUCCCAUUACAUUAUGGCCAUGUCCCACCUCCGGUACGGUACGGUGAACUAUUAGACUUUGACAAGCCCCAGGCUCCAGCUCGACCUGCAGUGACCCAGGAGGGUCAUUGGAGGCUGGUGAAAGGAGGACGGCUCAUAGUAAUAACUGGAAUGGAAUAUUGGAACGGUAUCAUACACAUGGUGUCUGCGAUACCAUUCCAUUUAUUCCAUUCCAGCCAUUACAAUGAGCCCAUCCUUCGAUUUAAAGUGACACCAGCCUCCACCGAGGAAGGUUGCUUGUAUUUGACGUGAUUUGAACAGGAAGCAUUGUGUUGUGUUGUGUGGUGGCCUUUUAGCUCUGCAUGUCUGACCCUUGAACCCCCCCACCCCCGUGUCUCUCAGUGGUCCCCGACCUUCGGCCGUGCAUGAAGGAUCAGCACACGUGUCAGGAUGGGGGGUGCAUCCCUCUAGAGUACCUGUGUGACAACAGACCUGAUUGCAAUGACAUGAGUGACGAGCUGGAUUGUGGUGAGUUGCAUGGUAUGGAAUGGAGUAGUGGCAAAGGUACUGGACCUGUGUUGUGACUAGAUGGUUGACUAAAACAUUUGAUUGAACAUAUCUUUGUACCCUAACGAGAGUGUCAACUCAAAUGUUCACUUAUGUUGAAUUUUCACAUUGUGUUCUAUUGACAUCAAUGCAUGACCAAGUGAAAAUGUAAGUUAGGUGUAAGUUAGGAUUCGCCCUUGGAUCAACGGUCUUUAAAAGCUCUGUUGGUUUUCAGAUAAGAUCCGUCCUGGUGCAGUUACCCCCACCCCUCCCACCACCACCCCCAUCAAGAAGUCCCCACGCCCCCCUGGUCCCCCAGGGCCCUGCAAAGUGGACCAGGCCACCUGUCAGAACGGGGAGUGUGUCCCCAGAGACUACCUCUGUGAUGGAGAGAGAGACUGCUCUGAUGGCAGCGACGAGUUCAGAUGCGGUAAGCACAUAUUGGCAACCACUAACACUUCAAAGUACAUACACGCAGGCACGCAUGUAUAUACACACACCAGUGUUUCUGUUAGCCGGUAAUAGCCGGCUUUUGUCAGAUAAAACAAAUAAAAAGCCAAUAAAUAAAAUUGCCACCGGUCAAUUGUCCGGGAGAAAAAUUUAAUCACAUUGCGAAAUAAUGCAUUUGAGCCUAUUCAUUGAUUGAAAUAGCAGUCAAUGUAGCGUGAGAGAUGCUGCUACAGCUCAUCAAACAGCUGUUUGUUGCUGCUGGAGUGAAACGUGCUUUAAUAAGCCCAAUCAUUGCGCAACAAUUCUAAAGGCAAUCGUGUGUAUAAAAAAAAUAGAAAUUUGAUAAUGACAAUUAAAAAGAGCUAGGCCUAGUAUUUUCUUUUUCUCAACUGGUAAAUUGAAGCGCACUUCCCAUUCGCCAUUCAAGUGCAUAGGCAACUAGACAGGCUUCAGCGCAUCACACACCACUUUACAAUGAGCUGGAGACAGUAUGCAUUUUGAAAACAUAUACUUAAUUGUUUGAAACCUGAACGUUUUACAACAUAUUUUGAGGCAUGUCUUACCUUGCUUCAAAGUAGUCUAGCCAAAAUCUAACCAAACCUGCAGGCAAUUAUUUUAUAAAAACUUCCAUAUGCCAUUGAAACAAGUAGCCUUUUUCUCUCAUGUUCUAUUGGUUUUCAAAUCAACUUUCUUUCAUUGUCCAGUAGCCAAAAGGCACAAUCCUAGUCAUAUUAGCAACCCAUACUAGUUGUUGCAUAUUUAGAUCUCCCCUCUUUCUACAUUUCUAAACAUUCGCGCGUAGACUACUGCCUUGUGCACAUUGCUGCACUUAUAAUGUGAAGAAAUAAUAGUUUAUCAACAUUCUAAGCUAAACUUCUGAUCUGUUGCAUGAACCUCAUUGCUUUUUAAACAAUUUUGGGAUGUAACCCAGGCCUGCUGGUUGUAUGAAUUUAGGAUCUAUCAUCCCACAACUGUCCCAGAAUCUGUUUGGAAAAGGUUAUUUCUUUCUCGCACAGAACGACAAGCUGACCAAUAGAAUAGGUCAACUGUUCUACUAUGGGGGUUAGUAGAUUGGCAUAGGCUAGUGAUUUUGCUGUUCGUUACUCGUCUUGUUGGCUGAGGAUAAGUAAAUGUGGACAGUUAUUCUAACAUAGGCAGCGCAUGGGUUUCAAGUUUGGGGAAGCUAAUUUUCACCAUAGAAAUGCACCUUUAUAAUAAAGCAUUCCAUGCAUCCUUGCAUUUGCAGACUUAUGUAAGAUAGCCUACUAUUCCUAAUGUGAUGAUUAGAUUGGAUAGUCAUAAUUUAGUCUAAUAAUAUAACUCAAUCACUGUUCGCAAAAAAGACUGUUCAAUGCAGUGCAUAGUGGCGUAGAGUAGGCAGGUUAUAGGCUAUAUCACAGGAAAAUGUUGGCCAUUCAUAAACACAUUUCAUGCAAGUCUACUCCAUUUUAUAUGACUGGAGACAUUAGCAGAAUCUUUUUUAAUACAACAAAAAUUACAGGGUAGCCUACUCUGGGCCUACGAAAAGGGGAGACACAAAUACAAUAUGACGUCCGUCUAAUCUGGAGGAGGAAAUUAUUGUCCAAAAACAAACAAAAGUGGCACUGACCCAAUGAUAAAGACAGUGAAUAUGCACACUCACCGGGGAUAUGGCCAAUGUUCUCCGCUGGUGCCAAUAAGAUUGGCUACUUUUCACUCAAUUAAGUUGAACAUUUUGACAGUUAAAAGUCAGAUUGGAGUCAUUUCAUUGUCUUCUAUUUACAGUAAUGGCUAUUUCGCUUUCCAAACUGUUUUUCCAUGAUUGUAUUUUUAAAUAUUGCGAUAUGCCUGACUGGGUCUCUCAUUUUCACUGACAGUCGCAACUCAACAAUCAUCUAUUUGGUAUUUGCUGCGUGCUCUGCCCAAAUUGUGGGCCCUUCCGACUGUAGGCUAUGUGAUCCUUUGUGGCCAAAUCAUGCUUUCUGGUGUAGUAGCCUACAGUAUUUUGAAUGAUUUUAUUUAUUUAUGUAUAGACAGGAGUAAGCUAUUUAGGCUAUAUAAUUUUGGCAAUUCAAUUUACUUUAGGGAAAGCUAAGCUUCCCCUAUAUGGACGCGCUGCAUAUGUAUUCUAACAUCUUCAAAUUUCUCAUCGGAAUUCGGUAAGAAUGACGCACGCCGUUGCAUGUUCUGUUAAGAUGAAUGACCAUAAACUAAAUGUGAUUUCUGGCAUUCUAAGCACAGUGGGUGGAUGCCCUAAUCAGGUUGCGCAACCAAUGCAUAGGGAUCUGGUACAUUUCUUAAAUGUCCAGUAAAUUAAAAUGCUGCCGGUCAAAUGAAAGGCGCCACAUUUUCCUAAUGGAAACCCUGACACACACACAAACACAAUUACGAUCAGACACAACGCUUUGCAUCCGCUUAAUGCAAACACACCUGAUCAAGGUGUCUGAUCCAGGCUCCAUGUCUGUCUCCAGGCACUCCCUCUCCCUGUGAACCCAAUGAGUUCAAGUGUAAGAACGGCCGCUGUGCUCUCAAGCUGUGGCGCUGCGACGGAGACAACGACUGCGAGGACAACUCAGACGAGACAGACUGCCGUAAGUCAGCACUCCUGUUUGCUGAUCUGAAGCCAAACUAGUUCAUUUAAAAUGAUUCACAUAUUUUUCAAACGCUUUUAGAGCUCCUUGGAAACUUAAAUGUUAAAAUGAUUAAUGACUAAGUGAUUUUCCAUCUCUUCUGGUUCUCCAGCCACCAGAGGUCCAGGUGACACGUGUGCCCCAGAGCAGUUUGUGUGCCUCAGUGACCGCACCUGCAUCCCAUCCAGCUAUCAGUGUGAUGAAGAGCCAGACUGCCCAGACCGCUCUGAUGAGUACGGCUGCAGUAAGUCCCAGACCCUGAGCGUCAUGACAUCUAUCUGCCUGUGUCUCUCUGUUCACUCUCUCUCUCUGUCUCUCUCUCUCUCGCUCUCGCUCUCUCUUUAUCUCUCUCUUUCUCCUUUAUAUCUCUCUCACACACCAUGUAUGUGUGUCUCUCUUUCUCUCUCUCACCCAUACACUCUUCUCACUCUCUUUCUCUACCUCCUCUGUCUUUCAUUCUCUCUCUCUCAAAACGCCCUCUGACCUCCAACCCCCCUUCUUUCUCUGUAAGCCUCUAUGUGUCUCUCCUGUAUAGUCAUCCUUUGUACCAUAACCACUGCAGUGACUCAGGUUCCAUUCAUACUUCGGUGACAUAGACACAGAACUUUUGGGAUGUUGUCCAUCCAUGGCAAAGAGUAUUUUUUUCGGACUUUCCAUAAUUUUUGUUUCGCACUAAAGAGACUGAAUACCCCAAUAAACCACUGACCUUUUAAAUUGAGGUUGGGUAGUUGGGACUUGUUUUUGAAUAUGUGUGUGCCAUCAUGCAUCACACAGUGCAUACUUGGCUUUAUAGAUGCUCAUCUUUGUUGUUGUUUUCUCGUAACUUUGUCUUUAAGCUCCUCCCACGGUGACCAGUCCCCCGGAGGAGUCCAUUCAGGCGGUGCGGGGGGAGACGGUGACCUUCAACUGUGUGGCAGUGGGUGUUCCUACCCCCAUCAUCACCUGGAGGCUCAACUGGGGCCAUAUCCCUGUCAGUGGCAGGUGAGUUGGUACAGUCCUCCUCCUUCUCUGGUUCAGCCCAUAACAGCUCUUAUCAUAAACGUAGUGAGGCAUUUAAGCCAAUGGCCCCAGCCUGAAUGGACCCAGCCUGAAUCAAUGGAAUGUUAAGUUGCAUUUGAAAAUGUCUGUGUGUGUGUGUUGGCAAACAUUUGAUAAAUUCAUAUGCAUCAAAUAAACAUUUAAUGUGGAGUUCUGAACCCAUCUGAUGCAUGAUACACAUGACUUCUCUUCAAACUCUGUCUGUCUGGUGCUAUUAUGGAAGAUAGUGUUGAACUUUGCAUUGAUAGCGCUGGAAAAAAUGCUGGGUUUAAUUUGGGGAAUUGUGUGAAAUUAGUCUUCCGUAUAAUUGAUUGGAAACAGACCGUGAAGAUUUUGAAAUGAGUAAGGAUUUGUCCGCUAUCCAAUCUUGUCAGCCCACAAAUUACAGCAUUUCAUUCAUUGCUGUUUAAGCUCAGUCAUAUAUCUGAUCUACAGGCCAGUCAUCUGUCAUCAAUUAUUGAGUUAUUAAAUUAUUGCUUUGUGGCUUUGCGAUAAUGAUCUCUAAGUGGAAAAUGAUUUUCGCAAUGUGCAAAAACAGAUAACUCAGCUUACUGUGCAUUCAUUGAAUGGCUGUUUGUGUUAUACAGUAAAGUUAUAUAUAAUCCGUCAAAAUAAAAUCCCUAUCAGAGAGGUAAAGCUACAAUAUGUACAUUUUUGGUGUCGACCCGACCAAAUUCACAUAGAAAUGUGUGUUAUAGAUCUGUCAUUCUCAUUGAAAGCAAGUCUAAGACGCAGAAUAUAUGUUCUAUGUGACCAAUUUCUAUGCUACCCGUUCUUAAGUUUCAUUUUACUUUUCAGUUUUGUACACCAGCUUCAAACAGCUGAAAAUAUAUUUCACAGCGGUUUAGAUGGUACAAUGAUUCUCUACACUUUACUUGCUUGUUUUGUCACAUAAACUGAAAUUAGGUGAACUAUUAGAAUUUUAGCAACCAGGAAAUGGCGGAGCGAUAUCUGCAUAGUGCAUGUUUAACUAUUUCAAUCACUAUUAAAACAUACCAUAAUGAAAGCCUAAAGUUGCAGAGAGUAUGGCGGUUCAUAUAGCAAUGUGUCAGUUCAGAAAAUGCAUUUAGAGUCAGAAUAUUCCUUGUCCUCUGAAAGCCCUUUAGACACUUGUGUUAACUGUGAAAAGUGAAUCAUCAUUGUUUGGCUGCAGAAGAGUUGACCACAGGCUUCUGUAUUUUAUGUGAUUGAAGCAUUAAUGUAAUGUAAGCAAUGUAUACACAUGUAGGAUCUUUUUUAUUUAUUUUAUUUCACCUUUAUUUAACCAGGUAAGCCAGUUGAGAACAAGUUCUCAUUUACAACUGCGACCUGGCCAAGAUAAAGCAAAGCAGUGCGAUAAAAACAACAACAACACAGAGUUACAUAUGGAAUAAACAAAAACAAAAUGUAGUCAAUAACACAAUAAAAAAUCUAUAUACAGUGUGUGCAAAUGUAGUAAGUUAUGGAGGUAAGGCAAUAAAUAGGCCAUAGUUCAAAAUAAUUACAAUUUAGUAUUAACACUGGAGUAAUAGAUGUGCAGAAGAUGAUGUGCAAAUAGAGAUACUGGGGUGCAAAUGAGCAAAAUAAAUAACAAUGUAAAUAACAAUAUGGGGAUGAGGUAGUUGGGUGGGCUAAUUUCAGAUGGGCUCUGUACAGGUGCAGUGAUCGGUAAGCUGCUCUGACAACUGAUGCUUAAAGUUAGUGAGGGAGAUAAGUGUCUCCAGCUUCAGAGAAUUUUGCAGUUCGUUCCAGUCAUUUGCAGCAGAGAACUGGAAGGAAUGGCGGCCAAAGGAGGUGUUGGCUUUGGGAAUGACCAGUGAGAGAUACCUUCUGGAAUGCAUACUAGGGGUGGGUGUUGCUAUGGUGACCAAUGAUCUAAGAUAAGGCGGGGAUUUGCCUAGAAGUGAUUUAUAGAUGACCUGGAGCCAGUGGGUUUGGUGACGAAUAUGUAGUGAGGGCCAGCUAACGAGAGCUUACAGGUCACAAUGGUGAGUAGUAUAUGGGGCUUUGGUGACAAAACGGAUGGCACUGUGAUAGACUACAUCCAAUUUGCUGAGUAAUGUUGGAAACUAUUUUGUAAAUGACAUCGCCGAAGUCAAGGAUCGGUAGGAUAGUCAGUUUUACGAGGGCAUGUAUAGCAGCAUGAGUGAAGGAGGCUUUUUUGCGAAAUAAGAAGCCGAUUCUAGAUUUAACUUUGGAUUGGAGAUGCUUAAUGUGAGUCUGGAAGGAGAGUUUACGGUCUAACCAGACACCUAGGUAUUUGUAGUUAUUCUAAGUCAGACCCGCCGAGAGUAGUGAUUCUAGUCGGGCGGUCGGGUGCAAGCAGCGUUCGAAUGAAGAGCAUGCAUUUAGUUUUACUAAAGAGCAGUUGGAGGCCACGGAAGGAGUGUUGUAUGGCAUUGAAGCUCGUUUGGAGGUUUGUUAACACAGUGUCCAAUGAAGGGCCAGAUGUAUACAAAAUGGUGUCGUCUUCGUAGAGGUGGAUCUGAGAGUCACCAGCAGCAAGAGUGACAUCAUUGAUAUACACAGAGAAUAGAGUCGGCCCGAGCAUUGAACCCUGUGGCACCCCCAUAGAGACUGCCAGACGUCCAAACAACAGGCCCUCCGAUUUGACACAUUGAACUCUAUCUGAGAAGUAGUUGGUGAACCAGGCGAGGCAGUCAUUUGAGAAACCAAGGCUAUUUAGUCUGCCAAUAAGAAUGCGGUGAUUGACAGAGUCAAAAGCCUUGGCCAGGUCGAUGAAGACGGCUGCACAGUACUGUCUUAUAUCGAUCGCGGUUAUUAUAUCGUUUAGGACCUUGAGCGUGGCUGAGGUGCACCCAUGACCAGCUCGGAAACCAGAUUGCAUAGCGGAGAACGUACGGUGGGAUUCGAAAUGGUCGGUGAUCUGUUUGUUAACUAGGCUUUCAAAUACUUUCGAAAGGCAGGGCAGGAUGGAUAUAGGUCUGUAACAGUUUGGAUCUAGAGUCAAAAUCAAAUCAAAUCAAAUUUUAUUGGUCACAUGCGCCGAAUACAACAGGUGCAGACAUUACAGUGAAAUGCUUACUUACAGCCCUUAACCAACAGUGCAUUUAUUUUAAACAAAAAAAGUAAAAAUAAAACAACAACAAAAAAAAGUGUUGAGAAAAAAAAGAGCAGAAGUAAAAUAAAGUGACAGUAGGGAGGCUAUAUAUACAGGGGGGUACCGUUGCAGAGUCAAUGUGCGGGGGCACCGGCUAGUUGAGGUAGUUGAGGUAAUAUGUACAUGUGGGUAGAGUUAAAGUGACUAUGCAUAAAUACUUAACAGAAUAGCAGCAGCGUAAAAAGGAUGGGGUGGGGGGGCAGUGCAAAUAGUCCGGGUAGCCAUGAUUAGCUGUUCAGGAGUCUUAUGGCUUGGGGGUAGAAGCUGUUGAGAAGUCUUUUGGACCUAGACUUGGCACUCCGGUACCGCUUGCCGUGCGGUAGCAGAGAGAACAGUCUAUGACUAGGGUGGCUGGAGUCUUUGACAAUUUUGAGGGCCUUCCUCUGACACCGCCUGGUAUAGAGGUCCUGGAUGGCAGGAAGCUUUGCCCCAGUGAUGUACUGGGCCGUACGCACUACCCUCUGUAGUGCCUUGCGGUCAGAGGCCAAGCAGUUGCCAUACCAGGCGGUGAUGCAACCAGUCAGGAUGCUCUCGAUGGUGCAGCUGUAGAAUUUUUUGAGGAUCUGAGGACCCAUGCCAAAUCUUUUUAGUCUCCUGAGGGGGAAUAGGCUUUGUCGUGCCCUCUUCACGACUGUCUUGGUGUGUUUGGACCAUGAUAGUUCGUUGGUGAUGUGGACACCAAGGAACUUGAAGCUCUCAACCUGUUCCACUACAGCCCCGUCGAUGAGAAUGGGGGCGUGCUCAGUCCUCUUUUUUUUCCUGUAGUCCACAAUCAUCUCCUUUGUCUUGGUCACGUUGAGGGAGAGGUUGUUGUCCUGGCACCACACGGCCAGAUCUCUGACCUCCUCCCUAUAGGCUGUCUCAUCGUUGUCGGUGAUCAGGCCUACCACUGUUGUGUCGUCGGCAAACUUAAUGAUGGUGUUGGAGUCGUGCCUGGCCAUGCAGUCAUGGGUGAACAGAGAGUACAGGAGGGGACUGAGCACGCACCCCUGAGGGGCCCCCGUGUUGAGGAUCAGUGUGGCAGAUGUGUUGUUACCUACCCUUACCACCUGGGGGCGGCCCGUCAGGAAGUCCAGGAUCCAGUUGCAGAGGGAGGUGUUUAGUCCCAGGAUACUUAGCUUAGUGAUGAGCUUAGAGGGCACUAUGGUGUUGAAUGCUGAGCUGUAGUCAAUGAAUAGCAUUCUCACGUAGGUGUUCCUCUUGUCCAGGUGGGAAAGGGCAGUGUGGAGUGCAAUAGAGAUUGCAUCAUCUGUGGAUCUGUUGGGGCGGUAUGCAAAUUGGAGUGGGUCUAGGGUUUCUGGGAUAAUGCUGUUGAUGUGAGCCAUGACCAGCCUUUCAAAACACUUCAUGGCUACAGACGUCAGUGCUACGGGCCGGUAGUCAUUUAGGCAGGUUAUCUUAGAGUCCUUGGGCACGGGGACUAUGGUGGUCUGCUUGAAACAUGUUGGUAUUACAGACUCAGUCAGGGACAUGUUGAAAAUGUCAGUGAAGACACUUGCCAGUUGGUCAGCACAUGCUCGGAGUACACGUCCUGGUAAUCCGUCUGGCCCUUCGGCCUUGUGAAUGUUGACCUGCUUAAAAGUCUUACUCACAUCGGCUACGGAGAGCGUGAUCACAUAGUCAUCCGGAACAGCUGGUGCUCUCAUGCAUGCUUCAGUGUUGCUUGCCUCGAAGCGAGCAUAGAAGUGGUUUAGCUCGUCUGGUAGGCUUGUGUCACUGGGCAGCUCGCGGCUGUGCUUCCCUUUGUAGUCUGUAAUAGUUUUCAAGCCCUGCCACAUCCGACGAGCGUCAGAGCCAGUGUAGUACGAUUCAAUCUUAGACCUGUAUUGACUCUUUGCCUGUUUGAUGGUUCGUCGGAGGUCAUAGCGGGAUUUCUUAUAAGCGUCCGGGUUAGAGUCCCGUUCCUUGAAAGCGGCAGCUCUACCCUUUAGCUCAGUACGGAUGUUUCCUGUAAUCCAUGGCUUCUGGUUGGGGUAUGUACGUACGGUCACUGUGGGGACGACAUCAUCGAUGCACUUAUUGAUGAAGCCAGUGACUGAUGUGGUGUACUCCUCAAUGCUGUCUGAAGAAUCCCGGAACAUGUUCCAGUCUGUGCUAGCAAAACAGUCCUGUAGCUUAGCAUCUGCGUCAUCUGACCACUUUUUUAUUAACCGAGUCACUGGUGCUUCCUGCUUUAGUUUUUGCUUAUAAGCAGGAAUCAGGAGGAUAGAGUUAUGGUCAGAUUUGCCAAAUGGAGGGCGAGGGAGAGCUUUGUAUGCGUCUCUGUGUGUGGAGUAAAGGUGGUCUAGAGUUUUUUUUCCCUCUGGUUGCACAUUUAACAUGCUGGUAGAAAUUAGGUAGAACGGAUGUAAGUUUCCCUGCAUUAAAGUCCCCGGCCACUAGGAGCGCUGCAUCUGGAUGAGCGUUUUCCUGUUGAUUAAUGGCCUUGUACAACUCAUUCAGUGCAAUCUUAAUGCCAGCAUUGGUUUGUGGUGGUAAAUAGACAGCUAUGAAAAAUAUAGAUGAAAACUCUCUUGGUAAAUAGUGUGGUCUACAGCUUAUCAUAAGAUACUCUACCUCAGGCGAGCAAAACCUCGAGACUUCCUUAGUAUUUGAUUUUGUGCACCAGCUGUUGUUUACAAAUAUACACAGACCGCCACCCCUUGUCUUACCGGAGUCAGCCGUUCUGUCCUGCCGAUGUAGCGUAUAGCCUGCUAGCUGAAUGUUAUCAUUGUCGUCGUUCAGCCACGACUCGGUGAAACAUAAGAUAUUACAGUUUUUAAUGUCCCGUUGGUAGGAUAACCGUAAUCUUAAGUCGUCCACUUUAUUUUCAAAAGAUUGAACGUUGGCUAAUAGGAUUGAUGGAAGAGGCAGUUUACUCGCUCGCCGUCGGAUCCUUACAAGGCACCCCGAUCUCCGUCCACGAUAUCUCCGUCUCUUCCUCACGCGAAUGACGGGGAUUUGGGCCUUGUCGGGUGUCUGUAUGAUAUCCUUCGCGGCCGCCUCGUUGAAGAAAAAAUCUUCGUCCAAUACGAGGUGAGUAAUCGCUGUCCUGAUAUCCAGAAGCUCUUUUUGGUUAUAAGAGACGAUGGCAGAAACAUUAUGUACAAAAUAAAUUACAAAUAACGCGGAAAAACACACAUAAUAGUACAAUUGGUUAGAGGGCUGUAAAACGGCAGCCAUCUUCUCCGGCGCUGUUGAACCAUUUGAAGAGGGGGAUGACCGCGGCAGCUUUCCAAUCUCUGGGGAUCUCAGACGAUACGAAAGAGAGGUUGAACAGGCUAGUAAUAGGGGUUGCGACAAUUUCUGCUGCUAAUUUAAAAAAGAAAGGGUCCAGAAUGUCUAGCCCAGCUGAUUUGUAGGGGUCCAGAUUUAGCAGCUCUUUCGGGACAUCAGCUAUCUGAAUUUGGGUGAAGGAGAAGCGUGGGGGCAUGGGCAAGUUGCAGCGGAGGGUGAAGAGCUGGUGGCCGGGGUAGGGGUAGCCAGGUGGAAAGCAUGGCCAGCUGUAAAUAGAUGAUGCAGAAAAAUUAAUCCAUGCAUUUGUUACUUCUAGGUUAGACUACUGCAAUGCUCUAUUUUCCGGCUACCCGGAUAAAGCACUAAAUAAACUUCAGUUAGUGCUAAAUACGGCUGCUAGAAUCCUGACUAGAACCAAGAAAUUUGAUCAUAUUACUCCAGUGCUAGCUUCCCUACACUGGCUUCCUGUUAAGGCAAGGGCUGAUUUCAAGGUUUUACUGUUAACCUAUAAAGCGUUACAUGGGCUUGCUCCUACCUAUCUUUCCGAGUUGGUCCUGCCGUACAUACCAAUACGUACGCUACGGUCACAAGACGCAGGCCUCCUAAUUGUCCCUAGAAUUUCUAAGCAAACAGCGGGAGGCAGGGCUUUCUCCUAUAGAUCUCCAUUUUUAUGGAACAGUCUGCCUACCCAUGUGAGAGACGCAGACUCGGUCUCAACCUUUAAGUCUUUACUGAAGACUUAUCUCUUCAGUAGGUCAUAUGAUUGAGUGUAGUCUGGCCCAGGAGUGUGAAGGUGAACGGAAAGGCUGGAGCAACGAACAGCCCUUGCUGUCUCUGCCGGGCCGGUUCCCCUCUCCACUGGGGUUCUCUGCCUCUAACCCUGUUGCAGGGGCUGAGUCACUGGCUUGCUGGUGCUCUUUCAUGCCGUCCCUGGGAGGGGUGCGUCACUUGAGUGGGUUGAGUUACUGACGUGAUCUUCCUGUCUGGGUUGGCGCCCCCCCCUUGGUUUGUGCUGUGGUGGAGACCUCUGUGGGCUAUACUCGGCCUUGUCUCAGGAUUGUAAGUUGGUGGUUGGGGAUAUCCCUCUAGUGGUGCGGGGGCUGUGCUUUGGCGGAGUGGGUGGGGUUAUAUCCUUCCUGUUUGGCCCUGUCCGGGGGUUUCUUCGGAUGGGGCCACAGUGUCUCCGGACCGCUCCUGUCUCAGCCUCCAGUAUUUAUGCUGCAGUAGUUUAUGUGUCGGGGGGCUGGGGUUAGUUGGUUAUACCUGGAGUACUUCUCCUGUCUUAUCCAGUGUCCUGUGUGAAUUUAAGUAUGCUCUCUCUAAUUCUCUCGUUCUCUCUUUCUCUCUGAGAACCUGAGCCCUAGGACCAUACGUCAGGACUACCGGGCAUGAUGACACCUUGCUGUCCCCAGUCCGCCUGGCCUUGCUGCUAUUCCAGUUUCAACUGUUCUGCCUGCGGCUACGAAACCCCUACCUGUCCCAGACCUGCUGUUUUCAACUCUUAAUGAUCGGCUAUGAAAAGCCAACUGAGAGACCUGAGCCCUAGGACCAUACGUCGGGACUACCGGCCGUGGUGACUCCUUGCUGUCCCCAGUCCGCCUGGCCUUGCUGCUAUUCCAGUUUCAACUGUUCUGCCUGCGGUUAUGGAACCCCUACCUGUCCCAGACCUGCUGUUUUCAACUCUUAAUGAUCGGCUAUGAAAAGCCAACUGAGAUUUAUUCCUGAUUAUUAUUUGACCAUGCUUGUCACUUAUGAACAUUUUUGAACAUCUUGGCAUGGUUCUGUUAUAAUCUCCACCCGGCACAGCCAGAAGAGGACUGGCCACCCCUCAUAGCCUGGUUCCUCUCUAGGUUUCUUCCUAGGUUUUCGCCUUUCUAGGGAGUUUUUUCCUAGCCACCGUGCUUCUACACCUGCAUUACUAGCUGUUUGGGGUUUUAGGCUGGGUUUCUGUACAGCACUUCGAGAUAUUAGCUGAUGUAAGAAGGGCUAUAUAAAAUAAAAUUGAUUGAUUGAUUGACUGUAGCAAAAUGCUUAUUGACAUUCUCAAUUAUCGUAGAUUUAUCGGUGGUGACAGUGUUUCCUAGCCUCAGUGCAGUGGGUAGCUGGGAGGAGGUGCUCUUAUUCUCCAUGGACUUUACAGUGUCCCAAACCUUUUUGGAGUUAGUGCUACAAGAUGCACAUUUCUGUUUGAAAAAGCUAGCCUUUGCUUUCCUAACUGAUUGUGUAUAUUGGUUCCUGACUUCCCUGAAAAGUUGCAUAUUGCGGGGGCUGUUCGAUGCUAAUGCAGUACGCCACAGGAUGUUUUUGUGCUGGUCAAGUCUGGGGUGAACCAGGGGCUAUAUCUGUUCUUAGUUCUGAAUUUUUUGAAUGGGGCAUGCUUAUUUAAGAUGGAGAGGAAAGCACUUUUGAAGAACAUCCAGGCAUCCUCUACUGACAGAAUGAGGUCAAUAGCCAUCCAGGAUACCCGGGCCAGGGCAAUUAGAAAGGCCUGCUCACUGAAGUGUUUUAGGGAGCGUUUGACAGUGAUGAGGGGUGGUCGUUUGACCGCGGACCCAUUACGGACGCAGGCAAUGAGGCAGUGAUCGCUGAGAUCCUGGUUGAAGACAGCAGAGGUGUAUUUAGAGGGUUAAUUAGUCAUGAUGAUAUCUAUGAGGGUGCCCAUGUUUACGGAUUUAGGGUUGUACCUGGUAGGUCCCUUGAUAAUUUGUGUGAGAUUGAGGGCAUCUAGUUUAUAUUGUAGGACGGCCGGGGUGUUAAGCAUAUCCCAGUUUAGGUCACCAAACAGUACGAACUCUGAGGAUAGAUGGGGGGCAAGCAAUUCACAUAUGGUGUCCAGGGCACAACUGGGGGCUGAGGGGGGUCUGUAGCAAGCGGCAACAGUGAGAAACGUAUUUCUUUAAAGGUGGAUUUUUAGAAGUAGAAGCUCAAACUGUUUGGGCACAGACCUGGAUAGUAUGAUAGAGCUCUGCUGGCUAUCUCUAGAGUAGAUUGCAACUCCGCCCCCUUUGGCAGUUAUAUCUAGACGGAAAAUGUUGUAGUUCGGAAUGGAAAUUUCUGAAUUUUUGGUAGCCUUCCUAACCCAAGAUUCAGACACUGCUAGAACAUCAGGGUUGGCAGAGUGUGCUAACGCAGUGAAUAACUCAAACUUGGGGAGGAGACUUCUGAUGUUAACAUGCAAUAUUCCAAGGCGCCUGGGGGGUAAGAGUGAUACUGGGAGCUACAGGGCCUGGGUUAACCUCUACAUCACCAGAGGAACAGAGGAGGAAUAGAAUAAGGUUACGGCUAAAGGCUUUAAGAACUGGUCUUCUAGUGCGUUGGGUACAGAGAAAGGGGGCAGAUUUCCGGGUGUUGUAGAAUAGAUUCAGGGCAUUAUGUACAGAUAAGGAUAUGAGUACAGUGGAGGUACACAUAAGCAUUGGGUAACUAUGAAAGCGAUAACAUCACUCGAGGUACCGAUUGAGCCGGUCUCCGCGUGAAUGGGGGGUGGGACAAAGGAGCUCUCUGAGGCUGGUUGAGCUGAACUUGGGGCUCUACAGUGAAAUUGUAUAAUAAGAACUAACCCAAACAGAAAUAGGCAAGGCAUAUUGACAUGGGAGAGAGGCAUAACGCAAUCACAGGUGUUAUUCGAGAAGACAACCACUGGUAAUGGCGACGAAAGUUUGAGCUGAGGCUAAACAGAUAAACAGGAUGGGAUACCGUGUAAAGGAACAGUCCAGCAGGCAUUAGCUGUGUAGCUGAGUGAUCAUAAGGUCCAGUGAACAGCACUAAGUAUGUCCGGGAGCAGAUCGUAGGCUGCUAAAGCACAGGCGAGCAGGAGGCACGGCUGUUGAUUGCGCGUGCUAGCGGGCCGGGGCUGGCAGAUGGAUCUUCGUGGUCGUCGCAACGGGAAGCCUGUUGAAACCACAUCAGACGAUUACGUCAACAGACCAGACGUGAUGGAUCGGCGGGGCUCCGUGUCGACACUAGGAGGUCCCGUCAGGUUGACAGAGAGGUAGAUAGCCGGGAGAUGGGCCUGGCUUGCGGCUAGCUCAAGGCUUACUGGUACGUCGGGAAGUGGAUAUUAGCCAACAACAGCCUUAAUUUGAGCCUGUUUGCUACAGCAGGAAAAUUAUCCUGCAGCAACAGGAAAUGUGAAUUAUUAUGUGGAUUAUAAUUAAUUGACAUUUUGGUAGGGGUUGAUACAUUUUCCGUAAGGGAAAAUCAAGUCUGAAAUUUCAAAGUGGAAAUAACGAAUUUCAGAAGCCUUCUUAAACCUCAAAUACACUACAAGUUUUAAAUGUCCUGCAUUGCAGGAAAGUUAUUCUGCAACAGGGUGAUCAAAUUAAGAUCCUACAUCUGUAUGUAUCUGCCUUCCUAGAAUCUCAAUGACCAGUGAGAAUGGGGGUGGCACCCUGACCAUCCGUGAUGUAAAGGAGGCGGACCAGGGGGCGUACACCUGUGAGGCCAUCAACGCCAAGGGCCUGGUGUUUGGUAUCCCUGACGGGGUGCUCAGCCUCAUACAGAAACCAGGUAUGUACUGGAUAGGCUAAUUCACAAUAUAAGACCAAAACAAGCCAAACUGGACUGAGCUGGCCUGGUUAUGCAUGGUUCCACCAUAGCUGCUGAAACCAUGCUAGAAAGGUCAAUUGGAAAAUAAAAUAUCAGAGCCAGCAUGGUAAGAUUCGGGUCAGCCCUAUAAUGGGAAUCAGGUACACUGUUUGUAUACUACUCUCCUCUGGGAUUAGCUAGAUUAUUUUAAAGGCUAUUUCAUUACAUUAUUUUGUAUAAGAAAAUAACGGCAGUGUGAGUAUAUGAAAUGCCUAAAAUGUCCGAUGUCUGUCUGCACCUAUUUGCCUGUUCUAUGUCUGUCUGUUCUAUGUCUGUCUGUUCUAUGUCUGUCUGUUCUAUGUCUGUCUGUUCUAUGUCUGUCUGUUCUAUGUGGCCUAUUUGCACCGUGCUGUCCUUUCGUCCAGUUUUGUCAUCCUCUCUGUCAUCGUCACCAGGAAACUGUCCAGACGGUCACUUCAGCGUGGAGGGACGUUGUAUCUCCUGCUUCUGCUUCGGCAUCACCAAGAACUGUGGGAACACCGGCCGCUACCGCAACCAGAUCAAUCUGCGCUUCACUGACGAGGACGACUUCAAAGGUACCUGGACCACACUAAAUACAAAUGCCUGUAUCAAAUACACAUGACAAAGUUGAUGUAAUUUUUACGUUCCUAAAUAUUUAGUGAAAAAGACAAUACAUUUGUAAUUGAUUGAACUGAACUUUAAAAAACGAUUUAAGCAUUACAUUUUUGUUUAUACAUGCAUAAUAUGAAUGUCAUUACUGGUAUGAUAAAACUCUCUCUUACUUCAUACUUCGUCACCUCCCGAGUGGCGCAGAGAUCCUGGUUCGAAUCCAGGCUCUGUCGUAGCCGGCCGCGACCGGGAGACCCAUGGGGUGGCGCACAAUUGGCCCAGCGUCGUCCAGGGUAGGGGAGGGAAUGGCCGGCAGGGAUGUAGCUCAGUUGGUAGAGCAUGGCGUUUGCAACGCCAGGGUUGUGGGUUAUAUUCCCACGGGGGGCCAGUAUGAAAAAUACAAAAAAUAAUGUAUGCAUUAAAUGCUAAAUGACUAAAAUGUAAAAUAUGUCUCUCUCCUUGCCUCCCUCCAUAACACCCUGCCUCCUUCCCUAACUCUAGGAGUGAACGUGACGUACCCCUCUAGACCAGGCACCCCUCCUCUCUCCUCCACUCAGCUCCUUAUCAACCCUGAAGAGGAGGAGUUCCAGCUGGUCGACCUAUCACGACGCUUCCUCAUCCUGGACUCCUAUUGGACGCUUCCCCGCCAGUUCCUGGGCAACAAGGUGCAGCAUCUCUCCUGCUCUCCAUUUCUCCUAUGGCUCAAUGUGACGCCAUGUUGAAAUGAGCUUAUACUAGCAAGAUAACUCCUAUUUGAAGUGAUAUGAAUUAUAAAUGAAAUUAACUUGCACAUCUGAGGGUUGCUUCAGAAAGUGCCCAAUAAAUCUUUAAGUCAUAUUAAAAUGAAAGAAGCUCCCCCACACUGCUUUUGAAAAUAAUCUGUUUCAGCCUCACUGCCUUCGUCAGAGUUUUGUCAGAGUUAUAUAACGAUUAAUACAGAGACUGUAUGUCUAUUUAGAUUGACUCCUAUGGAGGCUUACUGAAGUACAAGGUGCGUUACACGCUGGCCCGCGGGGAGACUGAGCCUGAGGAGAAACCAGACGUGAUUCUGACAGGGAACGGUCAGAGACUGGUCUACCGCAGGGGCAACCCCACCCCCUCCAGGGUGAUCAACAAGAAGGAGAUCAAAUUCACUGAGGUGGGUCUCUGUCCAUCUGUCAAUCACAACAACAUAUCUACCUCACUUUGUUUCCUUCCUAUCCCUCUUCUUCCUUUUUAGUAAAACAAUGCACCUGUCUCUACACUCUUUGAAAAAAAGGUGCUAUUUAGAACCUUAAAGGGUUCUUCGGCUGUCCCCAUAGGAAAACCCUUUGAAUAACCUUUUUAAAGAGGGUUCUACCUAGAAUCAAAAAGGGUUCUACCUGGAACCAAAAAGGGUUCUCCUAUGGGGACAGCCAAAUAACCAUUUUGGAACCCUUUUGUAGGUCUUACAUAGCCUAUAUGGGGUCAGUGGCUGAGAUGUACUAGUCUAGCCAUUUUGUAUAUAAUCAGUUGUUAAGAUGAAGCCAUCUAGGCCUUUAAUGUAAAGUAUAUGAUCAGUUGUUAAGAUGAAGCCAUCUAGGCCUUUAAUGUAAAGUAUAUGAUCAGUGGCUAAAAUGUACUUGUCUAGGCCUAACAUGCAUAGGUUGAGUGUCUGAUCUUACAUGGUUGGUAUGUGUUGUUGUAGGAGAACUGGCAGCACUCGUCGGGUCGCCAGGUGUCCCGUGAGGACCUGAUGAUGACCCUGGCCAGCCUGGAGACCAUCAGCAUCCGCACCGUCUACGACAACCACAUGGUGAGCGUGGCGCUCAGCGACAUCGUCAUGGACACCACCACCGUGGAGUACAACAUCCAGGGAAAUGCCAAGGAUGUGGAGGAGUGCAGGUGAGAUCCCAUAGACUGACUUCAGCUGAGGUUGGGAUUUAGAUUGGAUGUAGUUUGUUAUCGCCCCGUAGAGUUGCAGGCACUAAAAAGUUACUUAAACCGUGGUACUGGUUUUUGUGACAAACUAUCCCUACAAAAAAGGUUGAGCACUUAGACAUUUUUUUGUGCCUGCAACUGUAGAUAUAUUGUAAAUAAAGUUGCAAUGCAUUGUAUUGUGUUUGAAAUGUAGGAGAGUUUCAGUUGUAAUGGCUUCUAUGGUGUGGGUCUGUCUCUCCCAGGUGUCCCCCUGGCUACUCAGGACUGUCCUGUGAACAGUGCUCCACUGGCUUUGAGCGUGUGUCUGGAGGGAACUUCCUGGGAUCCUGUGCUGGAUGUAACUGUAAUGGACAUGCCAGCGCCUGUGACCCCAUCAGUGGACACUGUCUGGUGAGAACUCCUUACAACAUAAUGUUAUUAUUAUACUAUUAUAAACUUGUAUUAACCUCUAUGUAUUUUAGCGGUAAACAAAUAUGUUCUAAGUGUUGAGAAUGUGUAUACAAAUUCUUACAAAAUGUAUAGUAAAAAUGCAAGUAGGAUCAUUUUUAUCAUAAAGUCAGUAUAUUACAAAACUGAGUUUUGUGAGGUUUGUGUAACUGAGGUCGUCACGACUUACAUGACGGGUUGGGUUAGGAUUACAAUCAUGCCCACUUGCCCACUAACACGGGAUGGUAACGCCUAGGGAGAAUUAUCAUGCACUGAUAUACAGCUGCGCUGAUACGCUCUAUCCAAUCAUAGCAGUGAACCUCCAGACAAUGACACAGACCUGCCCAGCCUCUUGCUGAUAUGUUUGAUAGUGAUCACUCCAGCCUGCCACUGUUUUGGGCAAAAUAAGAAUUGAGACGAUGCGCACUUGCAUCCCAACUGUCACUUGUCAAUAUUCCAAAAUUCAAAAACCCAUUUGCGAGCGUCUUGUGUCUGGCCGCGACCUGUUCUGUAACAUGAUUCGCUAUGAAACAGCACUUUUUCAUGCUAUUUUUUAAACUUUAGAAAUACUGUACCAAACACCUGCGCGACCUAAGACCUCCUCUGCAAAAACGUCAAAAUUAAUUACAGAUUUUUUUAUUUAUCUUAGAUUAAUUCUGACUAUUUUAAGGAAGUGGUAGUGGCUAUGUUGUUGCUAUGGUGACUCAAGAGGGACAAACAACAGUAACUGCCAGGGUACUGUUGUGUCGAGAAAACGUUGCUAAUUAUGCUGUGAGACCAAGGAGAACCGCUGACGCUGUAAUUUCAUCAUAAAGGUUUAUUCAUAACAAAGGGUUACAGCGUCGAUUUACAGAUACCUGCAGAUACCUGGAGAAUAAUCGCCCCAUCUCAAAUAUGAUUAUUCUGUCUUCCUUUGUCCCAACUGUGGUAUAUAUUCUAUCCUGCUGUGGGUGGUUUCCCAUACAGACCAAUCACCUGUCUCCACACAACAGACUUCCUCUGUUCUAUGGGGUGUCCCCCUAAAACUACUCCCCAGAUGCUCCCUCUAAGCUGAAUAAACCUCCUCUCAGGUUCCAUUUGAAAACGUUAGCAAAGUCAUAAUUCCUCAGAUACUACAGUACAAUAAAGCGAACAUAACACACCCCCAUUGAACAACACCCCUAAAACUCAAAUCUUGUUUUUCUUAAUGAGCAGCAGAAAAACAUGCGGAAUUGAUUAGUUCAGCCGCUCUUUAAGGAAUGUAUUGACAAAUGUACAUAAUAUAGAGGUAGUAACUGAAUUACGUUCCUCUCCCUUCCUCAGAGCUGCCAGCACAACACUGAAGGUCCUCAGUGUGACAAGUGCAGACCAGGCUACUUCGGUGACCCCAGACGAGGUCGCCCCGAUGACUGCAAGCCCUGUCCAUGCCCAUACACCGAGACGUCCCGCCGGUGAGGGGCCACCACACACCUACACAACACACACACACACACACACACACACACACACACACACACACACACACACACACACACACACACACACACACACACACACACACAGUCUGUUACACACACACACACACACCACACACACACACACAUACACCCUGAGUGACAGACAGAGACAUGGAUGGAAAGAGCUUUUUCACACAGCAGGUUGACGUCUCUGUUGGGUGGCGUCACUGGAUUCUCCAGAAGAACACUGGGCUUAUUCAUUCAUUGCUGGUGUUGUCACCUUGUGACCUGUGUUGCUACCCAUUAACUGGCAGCUAAUGUACAUAUUAAUGUAGCUAACACUCUACUCCUGUGAUUUGUUUGUGACUCCCAGGUUCUCCGACACCUGCUUCCUGGACCAUGACUCUCAGGCCACGUGCGACGCCUGCAAACCAGGCUACACCGGCCGCCGCUGUGAAAAGUAAGGGAGUCACAAAUGACAUCACACCCCUUUACAUCUGCACUGUCUUUAAAUCAAUGACAGCUUUACUGUAUAUGGAAUAGUUAGUUAUAAAGGAUAGUUAUAAAAGAUGAAGAUGUUUAUGGGUAUUUUUUUCUUCAUAGGUGUGCACCUGGGUACCAGGGUAACCCACUACAGCCAAAUGGCAAAUGUUUUCCAAACAGUGAGUGUUCUCUUUUACAUCAGUAUCGGGAUGGAAAUGUUUUUAGGCUUGAAAGUGCCAGGAAAAUGUUUUAUUUGUAUUGUUUUACCCAGAGCCAUGUGUACAGUACAGUCGUGGUCAAAAGUUUUGAGAAUGACACAAAAACUAAUUUUCACAAAGUCUGCUGCCUCAGUUUUGAUGAUGGCAAUUUGCAUAUACUCCAGAAUGAAGAGUGAUGAAGAGUGAUCAGAUUAAUUGCAAUUAAUUGCAAAGUCCCUCUUUGCCAUGAAAAUGAACUUAAUCCCCCAAAAACAUUUCCACUGCAUUUCAGCACUGCCACAAAAGGACCAGCUGCCAUCAUGUCAGUGAUUCUCUCGUUAACACAGGUGAGAGUGUUGACGAGGACAAGGCUGGAGAUCACUCUGUCAUGCUGAUUGUGUUAGAAUAACAGACUGGAAGCUUUAAAAUGAGGGUGGUGCUUGAAAUCAUUGUUCUUCCUCUGUUAACCAUGGUUACCUGCAAGGAAACACGUGUCGUCAUCAUUGCUUUGCACAAAAAGGACUUCACAGGCAAGGAUAUUGCUGCUAGUAAGAUUGCAUCUAAAUCAACCAUUUAUCGGAUCAUCAAGAACUUCAAGGAGAGAGGUUCAAUUGUUGUGAAGAAGGCGUCAGGGCGCCCAAGAAAGUCCAGCGAGCGCCAGGACCGUCUCCUAAAGUUGAUUCAGCUGCGGGAUCGGGGCACCACCAGUGCAGAGCUUGCUCAGGAAUGGCAGCAGGUGAGGCGAAGACUUUUCGAGGAUGGCCUGGUGUCAAGAAGGGCAGCAAAGAAGCCACUUCUCUCCAGGAAAAACAUCAGGGACAUAUUCUGCAAAAGGUACAGGGACUGCUGAGGACUGGGGUAAAGACAUUUUCUCUGAUGAAUCCCCUUUCCGAUUGUUUGGGGCAUCCGGAAAACACCUUGUCCGGAGAAGACAAGGUGAGCGCUACCAUCAGUCCUGUGUCAUGCCAACAGUAAAGCAUCCUGAGACCAUUCAUGUGUGGGGUUGCUUCUCAGCCAAGGGAGUGGGCUCACUCACAAUUUUGCCUAAGAACACAGCCAUGAAUAAAGAAUGGUACCAACACAUCCUCUGAGAGCAACUUCUCCCAACCAUCCAAGAACAGUUUGGUGACGACCAAUGCCUUUUCCAGCAUGAUGGAGCACCUUGCCAUAAGGCAAAAGUGAUAACUAAGUGGCUCGGGGAAGAAAACAUCGACAUUUUGGGUCCAUGGCCAGGAAACUCCCCAGACCUUAAUCCAAUUGAGAACUUGUGGUCGAUCCUCAAGAGGCGGGUGGACAAACAAAACCCCACAAAUUCUGACAAACUCCAAGCAUUGAUUAUGCAAGAAUGGGCUGCCAUCAGUCAGGAUGUGGCCCAGAAGUUAAUUGACAGCAUGCCAGGGCGGAUUGCAGAGGUCUUGAAAAAGAAGGGUCAACACUGCAAAUAUUGACUCUUUGCAUAAAGUUAAUGUAAUUGUCAAUAAAAGCCUUUGACACGUAUGGAAUACUUGUAAUUAUACUUCAGUAUACCAUAGUAACAUCUGACAAAAAUAUCUCAUAACACUGAAGCAGCGAACUUUGUGAAGACCAAUACUUGUGUUAUUCUCAAAACUUUUGACCACGACUGUAUAUGAUUGGUUUUAGCUCUAGUGCAUGCCAUGCUUUAUGUCCUGCUUUACCUUUAAGACCCUCUGUAUUAACAUCAGUCAUACCUGCUGAGGGGGGUGUCAUCAUCAGCCUGGUAUGUUGAAUGGUUGUGGAGGGGUUGGAGUUGGUGGAGCACUCCCAGGUACUGAUCCAUAUCCAUAUGUCCCCGCCCGCCCCGCCCUCCCUCCCUCCCUCCCUCCCUCCCUCCCUCCCUCCCUCCCUCCCUCCCUCCCUCGCCUCCCUCCCUCCCCCUCUCUCCCCUCCAUCCCUCACUCCCUCCCCUCCCUCCCUGCCUCCCUCCCCCUCACUCCCUUCCCUCCUUCAGCAAACUCAAAGUGUGAUAGCAGAGGAACAGUGAACUCCAACAGCAGACCAUGCACCUGCAAGGUAACAUACUACGCUGCUUUGACUUACUGUACUUAAUUCUUACGACCAUAGUUAUGAAUAGGGCUUUAGAUUAGAUUUAGGAGUUUAGAUAUGCUGUAGUAAAAAAUUACACUCAAUCACCAACAGUUUAACUCCAUUGUCUAGUCCAGGGGUCUCCUAUCUUUUCUAGCAUGAGAGCUACUUUUAAAAAAUGAAACGUGUCAUGAGCUACACAUUUUUUUCUAGCUUUUAAAUAGGCAUGUUCUUCUCUUCUCCUCUCCCCUGCAACUCUUGCCCAGUUCCACAGUGUCCAAGGGAAAGUAGUGCAGUAUGUUUUCUGUCAAUAUACCUGGUCAAAUAAUGGUUAAUAACCAACUGGAAGGGGGCCCUGUAAAAUCUAUGAUUCUUUUCAAAAAUGUUGUUUUAUAUUUUCCCAUAUUAUGUUUUGUCAGUUGAAAUUUCCCUGGUUUUUGAUUAUACAUAUUUUUUAACUCUCAAAAUUACAAUUGUUCAUAGAGAAACAACUCAAUUGAAUGUUCUGAGUCCAUGUCAAUGCUUAAAUCACAUCAGAAGGUCUGGAAGAAAACAAACACGUUUAUUUUUUUGUGCAAUUCCCCUUUAGUUGAGCAUCUGGCCCUUUAAUUGCGCAUCUAGCGAGUGAGGAAUGUGCCGGCCUAGCGAUGGUUCCGUACUGCUUUUCAUGGAAAAGUUAGCGAAUAAUAGAUACAAAUGAUAUACUUACUCAUUAUACAGUGGGGGAAAAAAAGUAUUUAGUCAGCCACCAAUUGUGCAAGUUCUCCCACUUAAAAAGAUGAGAGAGGCCUGUAAUUUUCAUCAUAGGUACACGUCAACUAUGACAGACAAAUUGAGAAAAAAAAAUCCAGAAAAUCACAUUGUAGGAUUUUUAAUGAAUUUAUUUGCAAAUUAUGGUGGAAAAUAAGUAUUUGGUCACCUACAAACAAGCAAGAUUUCUGGCUCUCACAGACCUGUAACUUCUUCUUUAAGAGGCUCCUCUGUCCUCCACUCGUUACCUGUAUUAAUGGCACCUGUUUGAACUUGUUAUCAGUAUAAAAGACACCUGUCCACAACCUCAAACAGUCACACUCCAAACUCCACUAUGGCCAACACCAAAGAGCUGUCAAAGGACACCAGAAACAAAAUUGUAGACCUGCACCAGACUGGGAAGACUGAAUCUGCAAUAGGUAAGUAGCUUGGUUUGAAGAAAUCAACUGUGGGAGCAAUUAUUAGGAAAUGGAAGACAUACAAGACCACUGAUAAUCUCCCUCGAUCUGGGGCUCCACGCAAGAUCUCACCCCGUGGGGUCAAAAUGAUCACAAGAACGGUGAGCAAAAAUCCCAGAACCACAUGGGGGGACCUAGUGAAUGACCUGCAGAGAGCUGGGACCAAAGUAACAAAGCCUACCAUCAGUAACACACUACGCCGCCAGGGACUCAAAUCCUGCAGUGCCAGACGUGUCCCCCUGCUUAAGCCAGUACAUGUCCAGGCCCGUCUGAAGUUUGCUAGAGUGCAUUUGGAUGAUCCAGAAGAGGAUUGGGAGAAUGUCAUAUGGUCAGAUGAAACCAAAAUAGAACUUUUUGGUAAAAACUCAACUCGUCGUGUUUGGAGGACAAAGAAUGCUGAGUUGCAUCCAAAGAACACCAUACCUACUGUGAAGCAUGGGGGUGGAAACAUCAUGCUUUGGGGCUGUUUUUCUGCAAAGGGACAAGGACGACUGAUCCGUGUAAAGGAAAGAAUGAAUGGGGCCAUGUAUCGUGAGAUUUUGAGUGAAAACCUCCUUCCAUCAGCAAGGGCAUUGAAGAUGAAACGUGGCUGGGUCUUUCAGCAUGACAAUGAUCCCAAACACACCGCCCGGGCAACGAAGGAGUGGCUUCGUAAGAAGCAUUUCAAGGUCCUGGAGUGGGCUAGCCAGUCUCCAGAUCUCAACCCCAUAGAAAAUCUUUGGAGGGAGUUGAAAGUCUGUGUUGCCCAGUGACAGCCCCAAAACAUCACUGCUCUAGAGGAGAUCUGCAUGGAGGAAUGGGCCAAAAUACCAGCAACAGUGUGUGAAAACCUUAUGAAGACUUACAGAAAACGUUUGACCUGUGUCAUUGCCAACAAAGGGUAUAUAACAAAGUAUUGAGAAACUUUUGUUAUUGACCAAAUACUUAUUUUCCACCAUAAUUUGCAAAUAAAUCCAUAAAAAAUCCUACAAUGUGAUUUUCUGGAUUUUUUUUUCUAAUUUUGUCUGUCAUAGUUGACGUGUACCUAUGAUGAAAAUUACAGGCCUCUCUCAUCUUUUUAAGUGGGAGAACUUGCACAAUUGGUGGCUGACUAAAUACUUUUUUUCCCCACUGUAUAUUUCUGCCAAGUAAGCCUACUUUGCAGUUAACAUUUAAUUGAGAAGGUUUUGGGGAAAGUAUUUCUGUCAACCCACAAAACGGUUAUCACAUGGCUACACACAGUGAUAGACAAACGCCCACACCACACAGACAGACAGGGGCUAUAUUGAUGGAAAUGAAUUGGCAGAUAUUGUGUUAGGUUUGGCUUUUUAAGCCAAUAGUGGCUAACCAGGGGUGGUAUAAUGUAAAUGUUGCGUUGAUUAGAUAGUAGCUGGGAGCUUGCGGUGUCUGAUACCAGUGAGAUUUGUUUAUCACAGUUUGCGGUGGAACACGUGCCAAUUACAUGUAUUUUAAGAAUUGUUUGGUGAGCUACUCAGCUGGGCUGUGAACUACUACUGGUAGCUCGAGAUCAACCUGUUGGAGACCCCUGGUCAUAAACUUGGACCUGUCUAGGUCUUACUGCCAUUAUUAUACGAUCAACCUGUUGGAGACCCCUGGUCAUAAACUUGGACCUGUCUAGGUCUUACUGCCAUUAUUAUACGAUCAACCUGUUGGAGACCUCUGGUCAUAAACUUGGACCUGUCUAGGUCUUACUGCCAUUAUUAUAUGAUCAACCUGUUGGAGACCCCUGGUCAUAAACUUGGACCUGUCUAGGUCUUACUGCCAUUAUUAUAUGAUCAUCUUUUAUGAUGAGCCAGCCAGUCAGUCAGUCAGUGAGUCGGAUGCAUGACAGAUGUGUGUCUGGUGUGUGUGUGUGUGUGUGUGUGUGUAUGUGUGCGUGUGUUGUGUUGCAGUCCAACGUGGUGGGGUCGCAGUGUGACGAGUGUAAGAGCGGCUCCUUCCACCUGACAGAGGACAACCCAGAGGGCUGUCUGCAGUGCUUCUGUAUGGGCGUCACCAGGCAGUGUGCCAGCUCCACCUGGAGCCGAGACCAGGUCAGUGGCCUGGCCGUACUAAUACCAAUACACACUACUUCUAUAGGGCACGUAAGACAUCACAAAAUACAAGGAAUGGUCAAGCACAUCCUAAACCACAGCAGUGCAUUGAGUCUGGCUUAAGUGCACUUGAGCCCUAUUCGCUUGGACUCUUGAGGACUGAGAAGACACAAAGACGUUGUAUCUAAAGUGUGGCUGUUUGUAUCCCCCAGGUCCGUGGUGGUGUGAAUGGGCAGCUGUUCUCCCUCUCCAACAGUGCUAACUCCAGGACUAUCACAGAUGGUAUCACCCAGAAAGGCUCCUCAGAGGUGGCGUACCGCUCCUUCUCUGACAUCCCCAAAGACAUCUACUACUGGGUCCUACCAGACGGCUUCAGAGGAGACAAGGUGAGAGGGGGGAGAGAGAGGGAGAGGAAGGAGAGAGGGGACUAGGAGAGAGGGGGGAGACAGAGGGAGAGGAAGGAGAGAGGGGACUAGGAGAGAGGGGGGAGACGGAGGAUAGAGGAGAGAGGACUAGAGAGAGGGGGGAGACAUAGGGAGAGGAAGGAGAGAGGGGACUAUGAGAGAGGGGGGAGACAAGGUAGAUAGGGGAUAGGGACAGGGGGAGAGGAGGGAGACAGAGGAGAGGAAGGAGAGCGGGGGACUAGGGGAGAGGGGGGAGACAGAGGGAGAGGAAGGAGAGAGGGGACUAGGGGAGAGGAGGGAGACAGGGAAGGGGGAGGAAGGAGAGAGGGACUAGGGACCAGAGAGGGGGAGAAGAGGGAGCAGGAGGAGAGAGGGGGAACUAGGGGAGAGAGGGAGACAGGUAGAGGGGGAAGGAGGGGACUGGGGAGAGCGGAGGAGACACGGGUUUUACAGGGGGAAGAGAGGGGGAUGACGGGGGAGAUGGGGGAGACAAGUAGAGAGCGGAGGGACAAGGUGAUAUGGAGGAGACUAGAUGAGAGGGGGGAGACAAGGGUAGAGGGUGGGGGGUGGGGGAGAUGAGUGGCGUCUUUAUGACACUUUAUUUCUCCACUAGAUCAUGGGGACAGGAGAAACUGUCAUCCACCGUAUUUUGACUUAGUAGUCUUCCCUCUGGAAGCAAGGUGUGAAAUAAAUGUGGUCAGGCUAGAUUUCACCGUCCACAUGCUCUCUCAACAUAAAGGCUUAACAUAAACAAAGAGAAGCUCUCUACUUCUGGUUCAUGGUCAUGCACAUGUCAUCAUGAUGAUCCAUGACCCAGCUAGCCUUAUGGGGUGAAAUACCUUUCCACCAUCGAGUGGAGAACGUUUCUCUCUGACAUCUGACAUGUUGUUGCCAGGUGACAGCCUAUGGCGGAGAGCUGCGCUACACUGUGCGCUAUGAGCCCCGGCAACGCUCCCUGGUGAUUGACGGACAGCCGGAUGUGGUUCUCCAAGGCAACGGCAUCUUCCUGGAACACUUCUCCCAGACAAAGCCCCUCCCCCGCGUACCCGCCACCGUCACUGUCACCUUCAGAGAGGUGUGUGUCACUGUGUGUGUGUGUGUGUGUGUGUGUGUGUGUGUGUGUGUGUGUGUGUGUGUGUGUGUGUGUGUGUGUGCGUAUUUAAAAGAAAAACUGAUAAUAAACAGUUUGUUAUCUUAACAUUAAGAUGUAAUACAAUGUUGUCUUUGUGGAUGAUUUUGUUUAGAUUACGUAAUUAGAUGACCAUUAACUCCAUUGCUAAUCCCAAUCCUAUUCUUGGAUAUAAUCCAUUUUUUUUACAUUUUAGUCAUUUAGCAGACGUUCUUAUCCAGAGCGACGUGAGUGCAUACAUUUUUCAUACUUUUUUUCAUACUGGCCCCCCGUGGGAAACGAACCCACAACCCUGGCGUUGCAAGCACCAUGCUCUACCAACUGAGCUACAGGAGGCCAGCUCUAAUCCUGACUUUGCCUAGGCAGAACUUUACACUGAGCUUCAUUUCUCUGUCUCUCCCUGUGUUUUCUCCUACCAGUCUGCAUGGAGGCGUGCCGAUGGACAGCCCUGUACUCGUGAGCACCUCCUCAUGGCCUUGGCUGAUACUACUGUCUUCAUGAUCAGAGCCACCUACGCUGACAACAUGGCUGAGACCAGGUAAGAGAGGGCCAGACUACGUGUACUAUUGAGAUCUACCUCUAGUCAACUCUAGUGUCGGUAGGAGAAGGAAGACAUAUUGAGUAGUAUCUCAAAUCAGCUGUAGUUUACCACAUAAUGAUGAUUCUAAAGAAUCAUUUAGGACACUUACUGGAAAGACCAUGUGGCUGAUGUUGUUGUUGUUGUUGUUGUUGUUGUUAUCUCACCUGUGUUGUUGUCUGUUGUCCAGUCUUUCAGACAUCCGAAUGGACAUUGCAGUGCCACGCUCCACAGGCAAUGAACGUGCCCUUGAAGUGGAGGAGUGUGCUUGUCCCCAAGGCUACAAAGGACCAUCAUGCCAGGUACUUUACACACACACACACACACACACACACACACACACACACACACACACACACACACACCACAUAAACGUUAUCCUGAUGACACAAGAACAACCAAUACAAUAGCUGUUCCUCUGUUACCUCUCCUAGUCGUAAAGCUCCAUCACUUUGUUUCAUGGCACAGUAGACAUCUUGGAAAGAAACACAGAGUUGAAUUCUUAGAGCAUGUUGUAAUGGAGCAACAAGACAAUCUACUGUACUGUAUACAUUUCUAUCACUACAUGGCCUGAGGGGUUUUUCCAUGUCUUUCCUUCCAUGUCUGUUUCUAUACAGGAGUGUGACGUGGGCUACACCCGUACAGGCUCUGGGCUCUACCUGGGUACCUGUGAGAGGUGCGACUGUAACGGCCACGCCAGCGGCUGUGACCAGGAGACAGGCGCGUGCUUGGUAAGUCACUCCACCCUACUACUGUACUGUAUGCCAGUAGUACAGUACUACAGCUGCAUCUGGCUUUCAAGUCUGCUAUGGAAUCCGCUAAUGGUUUCUUGGCAAAUCGCAACAUGUGGAAACAGAUUCAGAACACACAUUAGCUCAUAAUAGGAUUUCACUGUUCCAUGGAUGGAUCCACCACUCUCUCCCUUCUCGUGUGUCUCCUUUUUCUAGCAAUGCCUUCACAACACGGCCGGCCCAAGGUGCGAGCGCUGUUUGCCAGGUUUCUACGGCAACCCUGUGACGGACGGCCCCCAGGCCUGUCAGCCCUGCCCCUGCCCUGGCACUUCCACCAGCAACCAGUGAGUUCACUCCUCAUGGACUCUACAGCUGCACAGAACUACACCUUUACAUGGAUCAAUGGCUCUGGAACUCUAGCUCCAGACUUAUCCUCUUAUGAAGAUCUUUAUUCUACUGAUAAACGUAUCCAUUCACCUGCUGGUCAACCUCAUAGAGAUACUAUUUAAUUAUGUGGGGUCAACCUGCUCUUUGUAAAGAUAGCCGAUCUGUCAGUGACUGGUCAUACAGUUACGCUAUUUUCUCAAAGGUAACCCCAUUAAUAUUAUACGGGCUGUAGGCUACACUGUCUCUGAUAGAAGACUCUGUCUUCAUGCAGGUAUUCUCAGUCUUGCUACAAGGACGCGGAUGGUCAGCCCACUUGUGAUAACUGUCCCCCAGGCUUCACUGGCCGGCGCUGCGAAAGGUACGAUUCUCUUCAUAUUCAGCUCUUUCUCUCUCUAUCCCCUCCAUCCUUACAGUCAAGCUGUUAAGUGGUCAGUGGUUUGGGGGGUGCUGGGCUGGCCGGAGCGCAGCAAAGCAGAGGUGACAGGUCUGGCACUGGCACCCACUUAUUUCAUUUACAAAAGGGGUAUAGUAGCAUGUCUGUCCAUUGCAUCCCUCUUUCAACCAGUCUUUCCAACCAGUCAUGAUUGAUUGGUAUGUGUUAGUGGAGUGGUAUGGUGGAAGCAAAGCUCAAAUCAAUGCCACCCAUUCCAGU